AUGCACAAGGGCGACCUGCACCUCGCAGACCACCACGUCAUUUUUGUCAUGCCCAACACGCCCCCGGACGGUGUCCAACUGCCGCCAAAUGCUCCCAAGACCCGAGAGCUCUACAUCGCAUACCCCAUCCUCGCCCACUGCAACUUCCGCCCCGCUCCUCCGGCUUCCGGAAGGCCCUCGGCCAUUCGCAUCCGCGGCCGGGACUUCACCUUCAUCAGCUUCCACUUCACCGACGACACUAGUGCGCGCGACGCCUUCGAGCACAUCCGCAACCGGACCUGUCGCCUGGGCAGGCUGGACAAGCUGUAUGCCUUCAGCUACCAGCCACUCAAGCAGGAGAAGCCUCUGGAUGGCUGGCACCUCUACGACCCCAAGACCGAGUUCAGGAGGCAAGGCAUCAGCAACAAGUCCGUCGACAGGGGCUGGAGGAUAUCCACUAUCAACAAGGACUAUGCCUUUUCCCCCACCUAUCCGGGCUUGUUGGUCGUCCCCUCCCAGAUAUCAGACAACGUCCUCAAGCAUGCCGGCCCCUACCGCUCUCGCCAGCGCAUCCCCGUCCUGACCUACCUGCACUCGCUCAACAACUGCUCCAUCACCCGCAGCUCGCAGCCAUGCGUCGGUCUGAGAGGGAACCGCAGCGUGCAGGACGAGAGGAUCGUCAGCGCAAGCUUCUCGGCCUCGGCCACAGUCGAGUUUAACGGGCUCGAGGUGCCCACCAUUGACACGGCCGAACCGAGCCCGGCGUCGAGCCAGGCCGACAUACGGGACGCCAGCUUGGACGCCGAGUCCCUUGCCACGGCACAGUUGGAGGACGAGCUGAUAGCAGCCGGAGAGUCCCACAUCGAUGCCAAGACGGGGAAACGCCUGGUCUACGGCGCCCAGCAGAGCAACCUAAUCGUCGAUGCCCGGCCUACCAUCAACGCCGUCGUCAUGCAGGCCAUGGGCAAGGGCUCCGAGAACAUGGACUAUUACAACUUUGCCACCAAGGCCUACCUGAACAUCGACAACAUCCACGUGAUGCGGGAGUCGCUCAACACCGUGAUAGAUGCAAUCAAGGAUGGCGACAUCAGCCGUUUGCCUCCCAACCGCGAGCUGCUUCAGAAGAGCGGCUGGCUCAAGCACAUCACUGGUGUCCUAGACGGCUCCGCUCUGAUCGCGCGGCAGGUCGGCAUACGCCACUCUCAUGUGCUCAUCCACUGCUCUGAUGGCUGGGAUCGAACAAGCCAGCUGUCAGCCCUGUCCCAGCUCAUGCUUGACCCUUUCUACCGCACGAUUGAUGGCUUCAUAAUACUCAUAGAGAAAGACUGGCUGUCGUUUGGCCACAUGUUCUACCAACGUUCCGGGCCCCUGAAUCACGAGAAAUGGUUCUCCGUGGAGAAGGAUACCAUGGCUGGUACCACGCUCCAGCCGGGCGAGUCGGAGGGCAGAGCGGGUGACGCCAUUGAGAAUGCUUUUGCGAGCGCCAAGCGAUUCUUCAACAAGAAUCGCACGCCGGCGGACACUCCAGUCGCCGACUCUGACGACCUCUCAUCGCCCCCUGACGGUGAUCAGGCCAAGCCAGAAGCCAGCGAGGCUACUCGGCCCAACGAGAUUUCGCCCGUCUUCCACCAGUUCCUGGAUUCCACCUACCAACUACUCCGCCAGCACCCAACCCGCUUCGAGUUCAACGACCGCUUCCUAAGGCGCCUUCUGUACCACCUGUACUCUGCCCAAUACGGCACCUUCCUCUGGAACUCGGAAAAGGCCCGCAAAGAUGCGCGAGCCACCGAGAGAACGAGAAGCGUGUGGGACUAUUUCCUCAGCCGCAAGCCCGAAUUUCUUAACCCCGAAUAUGACAGCACCAUCGACGACCGCCAGAGUGGCCGCGAGCGCCUGCUGCUUCCCAGGCUAAGCGAGGUCCGAUGGUGGGCCAGCUGCUUCGGCCGUACCGAUGUCGAGAUGAACGAUUACCUCGAUGCCGCUGCGGCUAGGGGCGAGCGCGUUGGCGCAUACACGUCUAAUGUAUCGACCAGCCCUGCGCCACAUAACCGGAGCAGGAGUCCAGCACCCCCGGGAUCGCAGACGGGGACGCCGCCACCUAGCCUGCAAGCAUCUAGGAGCGUCUUGACAGGCGUGGAGACGGCUCACGAGGCGCUGACGCCCGAGCACGGCGAUGCGCAUGCGAGCCUGAAGAAGAGCGCCAGCGCGGAUACCCCCGGUGCCUUUGCCACGAACCUCGCCAAGCUUCGCGACGGCGUCGCGGGCAUAGAUCUCGGGAAGGGCCUCUUUGGGUCUGCCGCAGGCACCGCAUCCCCGGCGAAAGGCAGCAGCGACACCGAACUCAAGGCCGCCACGACCAGCAGCAGCACGGCGCCGCGGGAGCUGAGCGACAUGCCGACGCCCCCCGUGGAUGCCAACGGCGAGAAGGGGCUCGAGAUGAAGUAG